UAAUAGGAACUAUUUUUCUUAUCAGUGAUAUGAAUCACAAUGGCUGCCAUAAAUUUCUACAUUUGGUUUUUGUUUUUCAUCUCUUAUAAAGUUUGUAGUGGCACUUCUCACGACUGCUAUAAAGUGGAUGGAAACAAUGAUGGACUUAAAGGAAACUACAUCGGACUCCUACUCGCACAGAGUGUCCCAAUCGGAAGUAUAAGGUUUACAACAAAUACGGGAUAUAAAUGUUCCUGUAAAUUCCCAAAGAAUUACUCAAUCCAGAAUGUUACAUAUUAUGGGGAUGACAUACCAGGAAUCAAAGAGCUAUUUAAUGAUGGAUGUCAAUUAGUACAGAACGAAGGGCUGGAUAAAGGUGGAUACCAGUGCAGCCUCAAUAUUUCCAAAACCAAACCAAAGCAAGACGACUUCUGUAAAAAUAUCAUAAUCACAACUACCGAAACACAGCCUUCAUAUUCCACGGUACCUCUAGAACCGCUGACAAAUGCUGCCAUUGAAGGUUCCAGUUCUACAUUACCAUAUCCAACAACUGCCACAAAAGUUACCACAACAUCUACCAGACAUGUCUCCUCUUCCCCAACACGAUCUGCGCAAUCUACAGGUCAAACCAAGAAACAAAGAACUUCAAAAAGUAUUUUACCUACAGCACAUUCUCCCACAGGACACGUGUCGUCAUCCUCCGCGUCACCUGUAGUGUCCGCUAUGAUUUCCUCAGUUCACACGACUGCUGAAAGUAAACACGACUUGUCGUCUGCUUCCAAUCCUAUACCGGGUACAUCGACAUGGUCAAUCGGGUUUACAUCGGACUUUGAAGUUCCCUCCACGCAGCAGUCCACUGAUGAACAUAUUGAUACCACAACUAAAAGACAACAUGGAGCACAGCUUAGUCUUCAAUUGGAAAUUAUCAUUCCCCUUGUUGUAGCUGCUGUCAUAAUCAUCUUCAUCGUAGGAGUCUUCAUCUGCAUAAGAAAACAACGGAAAAAGAAACGGAUAUCUAAGUAUGAUGUAUCUCCAAGUUCGAGUAUGCGCAGUACCGAGUCAGACAAGGAGGAAAUCAUGAAGUACAACAAUGAUUUCCAUGAUAACGGCACGAAACACAAUAUUCUGUACGAAGGGGAGGACUACUGUGAACAUGGUAUUUUCAAUAAAACUUUUAUUGAGACCAAUCCGGAAGCAAGCAAACAGAAGGAUGAAAAGGUUUAUGCACCCACUUUAGAUGGAUUUUCGCACUACUCUGAAGAACUAGUUCUCGAGGGAGAAGAGCCCAGUACCAGCACACACUACAUUACCAACAGUGAUCUAGAAAAUAUUAUUCCAGCAGACCAAGAAGCAAAUAUAAUUCCCUAAACACCUUCUAAGAAACUGAUGUUUGUAAAUCAUGUAUAUUUUCCAUAUUUCUGAAAUAAUGACAAAACACAAUACCUUAGAAAGGUAGUACAAUGAAUUGCAUGCACAAUAAAUAAAAUAUAUCAACGUAAGCAGUUGUUUUACAGGUCAAUGUAAGAUACCUUUCUUUUAACUUUACCUUGUCUUAGAUAAUCUUCAUAGUUUUGCCUUAGUUGAUAUGUUAGCAUCAAUGUAGCAUUAUUCUAUGCGUUUUAUGUAUUCAAUGUUCUUUUUUAAAAUUUGUUUUACAUUUAAAGCGCUUGAGGGUAAUUAUUUUGAUAAGAUAUUAAGGCGCAAUUCAAAUGUACAACAAUAAUAAGAAUGAUCAUAAUAAUACUAUGCUGAAUAUUCAUAUGCUUGGUAAAGGAAAUAUCACGCUUUUCCCAGUCAUUUUACCACUUAGUUUCUGUGCAUUUUCUCAUCUGAUUAAAAGUUAUU